ACAAAUGAAGCUGGGACUCAGAGAGGUCAAGACCACAAAGCUGGUGGGUGGCAGCUCUCAGGAUGAAUGAAGACUUGCCUCCUUCUAGGAUCUCAGGACCUCUCAAGAGCACUUUCUUUAAAGGAGAUCAGCCAAGAGGGAGCCAUCAUCUCACACCCUCCGCAGUGACGGAAGUAAUAAAAAAAGAGAAAAUGAGAUCUUCUUGUCCAUGUAAACUUUUUAUGCACAUGGACUGCCUGCCUUCCGCCUUCCACAUUAUUUGACACCCACAUCCCUUACUGAAACCACCUCCCUCGGGACAGCGACAUUUUCUCAAGUUGAGGAAGAUGAAGAAAGUUUUUAAAAAGAAAAAAAAGCCUGGAGUUUGGCUAAAUGCGCUCUUUUAAGCUCCUGCUUAAACUGCCUAUUUCCUCUUGGCUUUAAGAUGUCCUUUGGCAAGAAGGGUGUUUUUGUCUACAGUCUACACAGACUGGUACUUUUUCUCUCAUCACGUGCCUGGCUUGGGCCAGUGGACUGCUCUGUAACACGAUCGCCGCGGCCAGCUUCUCCACCCACUCGGGUAACAAGGUUAGGUAGUUUCACGGAGAUAGAAGCUGCCAAGUUAGGGGCUGACAGAGAAGAGAAAGCAGGCUUGAACUGUGGCUGGGACCUUGGAGGAGCUGGGAAACAACCCGCUGUAGAGAUGAAGGGAGAAACUGGAAGUAAGCUACAUGAUGAGAAGCCAAAGCAGGAGGGACAUAUCUGGGGCUCCAUGAGGAGGACAGCUUUCAUCCUGGGCUCUGGCCUUCUCUUGCUUGUGGCCUUCUGGAACUCAGUCACAUGGCAUCUUCAGAGAUUUUGGGGUGCUUCUGGCCACUUCUGGCAAGCCCAGUGGGAGAGGCUGCUGUCCACAUUUGAAGGGAAGGAGUGGAUGCUCUUCAUGAUGGGUGCCACCCAAGUGCCCAGUCUGUUCUUCUGGAGCUUCAAUGGGCUUCUUCUGGUGGUAGACACAACCGGGAAACCCAGCUUCAUCUCCCGCUACCGAAUUCAGGUUGGCAAGAACGAACCGGUGGACCCUGUGAAACUACGCCAUUCCAUCCGCACAGUUCUCUUCAACCAGUUCAUGAUCUCUCUCCCCAUGAUGCUCGUCCUCUAUCCCAUCCACAAGUUGUGGGGAGACCCCUGCCGUCGAGAGCUGCCCACUUUCCACUGGUUCCUCCUGGAGCUGGCAAUCUUCACUCUGAUCGAGGAGGUCAUGUUCUACUACUCACACCGGCUCCUUCACCACCCAACAUUCUACAAGAAAAUCCAUAAGAAACACCACGAGUGGACAGCUCCCAUCGGUGUGAUCUCUCUCUACGCCCACCCUGUCGAGCACGUGGUCUCCAACAUGCUGCCGGCGAUAGUGGGUCCCCUGGUAAUGGGCUCCCAUUUGUCCUCCAUCACCAUGUGGUUUUCCUUGGCCCUCAUCAUCACCACCAUCUCCCACUGUGGCUACCACCUACCUUUCCUGCCUUCACCUGAAUUCCACGACUACCACCAUCUCAAGUUCAACCAGUGCUAUGGGGUGCUGGGUGUCCUGGACCACCUCCAUGGGACUGACACCGUUUUUAAGCAGACCAAAGCCUACGAGAGACACAUCCUCCUGUUAGGUUUCACUCCACUCUCCGAGAGCAUCCCUGACACCCCAAAGAAGAUAGAGUGAGAGGACCUGAGUGCCAUCCUGGCUGUACCCUCGGCAGUGGACUGAUAAGGUGGCCUGAGGCCUCCCGAUCGCACUUAAAGACUAGCUCCUUCAGCCACUCGCUAAUUAAUGACAGCACUGAGGGCUGGGGCAAGGCCGGAGGUCAGCUUCCAGGAAAUUCAGGGCCAGGGUUGGAGCCAGGACUCUCACAAUUGCCCUGUUGUCCCUCAAGGGACCAGGAGUUAGCUUAGGGAAUAGUAAAAAACUGCUCCCCAGGGAAGAAACCUCCUGGCAAGUUCCCAUGAUCCUCUGCUGUGACAGGGAAGAGGGACCCCAUAUGACUCCUGUGCAGGCAAGAUGUAGAAACUGGCAAAGCUGAUAAUGAGACUGGAGGCUACAUGGCUUCAGAGAACUCCUUCCGGUGCCAGGGACUGGAGAAACCAGAAGAUAAUGCUUUACUUCUUCCUGUCCCAAAAAGCUUUUCAAGUCAAGGCCCGGACACCCUGGCAAUAGCAACGGGGGCCAAGUCCCUACUGCUCCCUGCCCCUCCCCCGCCACAUAGUCUGUGACAAAGGCACCAUUUUAACUCUGACUCACUGCAAACGUUAUCCCCUUCUGAAAAGGAAAAUGUCAAUCACAGGAGCUCCUCCCUGGAUUGCAACUGAGAUAGGUGCAGACCAAACCCCAGUACAUUCAGCCAUACAUGGCAACAGAAGGCCAAACCCUAUGGACUUGCCCAGCUGGGGACCCUUUUAUCCACAAAGAGUCAAAGUUGCUGACCUUUGGGGACACUCGGCUGAAGCCCCUGAUUAGCCUCUCUGAAGCAGGACCAGAGGCUAGAACCCUCUUCCUUCAAUGAGAAUGCAAGAAAAACUUGGCUUAACAAAAGGACAAAAUCCUCAUUUAACCCCAAACGAUUAGUCAGUUGUUUCGACACCAUUUAUUCAGGGUGAUUUUUAGCAGUGAUGCUUUUCAAAUGAAAUCUUACCAGGGACUUUAUUCUAAAACCAGAGCUGCUUAGGGUUGCAGUCCCCGCCCCGGCCACUGACAUUGCCAGGAACCCUGUGGUCCCAAAGAACAGUCUGAGGACCACUCUGAUUUGAAAGGCCACCCUUGUCAGUUACUCAAUUCGUAUACGUACCUGGGUCUAUUCCUGAACUUUCAGUUCUCUUAUGUCAUAACCAUCCACUAUAGUUUUAUAAAAAAUACUUUAACAUCUGAUAUGACCAAGUCUCCAGGUAGAACCAUCAAAAAGGACUAUUUCCACAGGAACCCAGAGGACCUGCCCAGUGGGCCGACCGGGCACUUACCAGGAAGCGUCCUCUCUGGCCUUCCAAAGCCCCACCCCCCUACCCACUUCUGGCACUGGUGGACCCGGCCCCUCCCUGGGACAUCUUUGCCCUUAGCUUGAAGUACAACCUCUGGAUCAAUGUUAUUAAGUUAUCACAACUGCUGGCCUAUACCCAUGACCUGUUCCUACAGAUUUGGGCAACAGCCCAUCAUCUUCAGAAUACUUAUGGUUAGGAAACGAGGAGCUUGGUGAAAGAAUAAGAAAGGAAACAUGUUUUCCCCUUAAGGUGUUUAGAUUUUGAAAUUACUGCAGGGAACGUUGGGAGACAAGAGGCUGGCCUCCUCUCACCUCUUUCAGCAGGCCAGUGGUUGGGGUUGGGCCCCGUUAGAGGGGCCCAGCCCUAUCCUCUUCUGCAUCAAAAAGAAGGACCUCUGAGGUUGGUAAACAAAUACGGUCUCAAAUUCCCAGCAGAAAUGUGAAAGGGUGGAAGCAUGGAAAAUAAACUGUCUCCUUUUAACUCUA